CAACAAUUCAAUCUCAGUCGGCGAAAAGGUAACUAAUCGCAAUCAUGGCUGUCGGAAAGAAUAAGCGUCUCUCUAAGGGCAAGAAGGGUUUGAAGAAGAAGACCUUGGAUCCCUUCACCCGUAAAGACUGGUACCAAAUCAAGGCACCAUCUUCAUUCCAAAUCAGAGAUGUCGGAAAGACCCUUGUCAACAGAACCACCGGUCUCAAGAACGCCAACGACUCAUUGAAGGGAAGAAUCGUCGAGGUUUCUUUGGCCGAUUUGCAAAAGGAUGAGGACCACGCUUUCCGCAAGGUUAAGCUCCGUGUCGAUGAGGUUCAAGGAAAGAACUGCUUGACCAACUUCUACGGUCUCGACUUCACAUCAGACAAGCUCAGAUCUCUCGUCAGAAAGUGGCAAUCCUUGAUCGAGGCCAACAUCACCGUCAAGACCACCGACGACUACCUCCUCCGUCUCUUCGCCAUUGCUUUCACCAAGCGCAGACCUAACCAAAUCAAGAAGACCACAUACGCUGCUUCUUCCCAAAUCAGAGCCAUCCGCAAGAAGAUGACCGAGAUUAUUCAACGUGAGGCCAGCACUUGCACUCUCACUCAACUCACCGCCAAGCUCAUCCCAGAGGUUAUCGGUCGUGAGAUUGAGAAGGCAACCCAAGGCAUCUACCCAUUACAAAAUGUUCACAUCAGAAAAGUCAAGCUUUUGAAGGCACCCAAGUUCGACCUUGGUGCUCUUCUUAACCUCCACGGCGAGUCAAACACAGAUGAGCAGGGUCAAAAGGUUGAGAGGGAAUUCAAGGAGAAGGUGUUGGAGGAAUGCUCAUACGAUAUUGCGAUGAUCAAAAGUAGUACUGCUACUAUUGGGGUUGAUUUUAAGUUGAAGACCCUCUCUAUCCACGGCUCUCCUUACCGGCUUAAUCUACUCGAUACAGCAGGCCAAGAACGUUUUCGCACGCUCUCAAAUUCUUACUAUCGGGGUGCGCAUGCGGUAUUGUUGGUCUAUGAUGUUACGAAUCGCGAGUCGUUCAAUAGUUUGAGUAGAUGGAUUGAUGAGGCAGAGAAUAAUGCGGUAGAUGGAUGUGUAUCCUGGAUUGUGGGAACGAAAUGUGAUUUGGACGGUAAAGGGAAGCGGAUGGUGAGCGAAGAAGAGGGAAGAAGGCUGGCGGAGGAAUGGAGAGAGAGGGGUGUGGCAGGAUGGGGAGAGUGUAGUAGUAAGACUAGGGAGGGGGUGAAGGGGGUUUUUGAGGGAGUGGUGAGGGAGGUCGUUAAGAGGCCGGAGUUGUUGAAGGGAGGACAGAGGAAGUCGGGUGGUGUCACGAUCGGAGGAACCAACGAUAGCUCUGCAUCGGGUUGCGCUUGCUAG